AUGUCCGUACCUUCUUUCGAAAACUUUAAUUUUGAUCUCCAAGCCGUCAAGGUUCCUAAUUCGAAAAAACCCGGGCAAUCUUUCAUCUAUAGAAACGCGACCUCUCCUGACAAACUUUAUGAUAGACCGUGCCCAGAAAUUUCUACAUUGUUUGAAAGUUUUCAGAAUGCUCUUAAGGUUAGCCGAAACGAAAGGUGUUUGGGUCAUAGACCCUACAAUAAGCAGACAGGGAAAUUCGAGGAUUACGUCUGGCAGUCAUAUGAAGAAGUUCUACAAAGAUUUACAAAUUUUGGAAGUGGAUUGUUAUACUUGAAUGAGCACGUGGUGAAAAAUGAAAAAUCGGAGAAAUUUUCAAUUGGUGUCUGGAGUAUCAACCGGCCCGAGUAUCAUAUAACGGAGCAAGCAAUUUCGGCGUAUAAUCUUAUAAGCGUCCCACUCUAUGACACCCUCGGCUCCGCGGCCGUGGAAUAUGUCCUUAAACAUGCGGAGAUCAAGAUCGUCAUCGCAUCUGCAGACCACAUCACCAAUCUUGUUGAACUCUCUUCCAAAACUUCCGUAAAAGUUAUAAUUUCCAUGGACCCAUUGGAGAAUUACCAAAACUUGACCUCCGAAAAGGACGUCUAUAUUUACACCUUUGACCAAGUCGAGAAUAUUGGAAGAGAUCAUCCUAGACAAUUCAAUCCACCAAAACCCGAAGAUAUUAACACUAUCUCUUACACCUCAGGCACGACGGGACUUCCGAAAGGUGUGAUGUUGACUCAUGGAAAUUUUGCGGCGAUGCUGUCUGGCUUGGCAUUCACUUUGCAAGGCAGAACAGACGACAUAAUAAUAUCCUAUUUACCCUUGGCCCACAUAUUCGGCCGAGCCUGCGAAGCACAGGCCAUAUUUCACGCAAGUGCGAUUGGAUACUACCAUGGAAUUAUUGACGGAUUGCUCGAGGAUGUUCAAUUACUCAAACCGACCAUAUUUCCUGCAGUACCCAGGAUAUUUAACAGGAUUUACAAUCUGUUAACGGAAUCCCACAUGAAUACGGCAGGUGCGAUGGUAGAGACGACUAGGAAAGCAAUUGACGGAAAGUUGAAGUUGUUGAGGAAUACAGGGAAAGUUACGCAUCCAGUAUAUGAUGCUGUGUUGAGUAAAUAUAAGAAAAUUUUGGGUGGACAAGUGAGAAUCUUGCAAUCUGCCUCCGCGCCUAUUGGACUAGAGAUCAAGUCAUUAUUGUCGGUAAUAUUUUCGGCGCCAUUCAUUGAAGAAUAUGGAAUGACCGAAGGAACUGGACUAGCAACAAAUUCGAUUAUUGGCGACCCACGUGCAUCUCACGUUGGUCCACCAUUUAUCUGUUCAGAGAUAAAACUCUCUGACGUGCCGGAAAUGGAAUAUACGAGCGAGGAUAAGCCAUAUCCGAGAGGCGAGAUCUGUGUUCGCGGACCAAAUGUGAUGAAGGGGUAUUAUAAGGACCCAGAGAAAACAAAAGAGGUUAUCGACGAGGAUGGAUGGUUACACAGUGGCGAUAUUGGCACGAUUGAUUCCAACGGAUGCCUGAUCGUUAUUGAUCGGAAAAAGAAUAUUUUUAAAUUGGCUCAAGGAGAAUAUAUUGCUCCCGAGAAGAUCGAAGUCGUAUAUCAAAGAUCUCCACUUGUACAACAGAUGUAUGUUCACGGAGAUUCUGUGAGAUCAGCAUUGGUCGGCAUAGCCGUGCCCCACACAAAUGCGUUUAUUUCUUGGGUUGAGAAGAAAUUCCCUACAAGCGGGGAUAUUCAAGAGGAACUAAAGUCACUCGCAAAUAAUCGAAAAGUUCGUAAUGAACUAUUAAAGGAGAUUAACGAUUUUGGAAGGGCCCACGGAUUGAAAGGGUUUGAACUUGUGAAGGCUAUUCACAUUGAGUUAAAUCCAUUUUCGAUUGUAAAUGGUAUCUUGACACCAACGUUAAAACUAAAGCGCCCCGCCGCACUAAAUCAUUACAAGAAUAUAAUUGAACGACUUUACGUUGAAUACGAGACACCGGGAUCUAAAUUAUAG